AUGGCUACCCACGAGGCUCACAACCUCAUCCUAAGCUUCCCCGGCGAGAUUCGGAACAUGAUAUACAGAUUCGCCGUGCUUGACGCCACCCACGGCGACAGCUACGGAUCAACCCUGGUUCCACCAGCCCUCGCCCGCGUCAACAGACAGCUGCGAGACGAGGUCAUCCCCAUCUACUACGGGGAGACCAAGUUCGUGAUCACCGUCCAAACUACCGUGGGCCUAGACUGGGACGUCUUCCGUCACCGCUGCACGGUUGCCACGCGCUUCUUCCCGUUGAUCCGGAGCCUGCAUUCCAAGUUCGAAUUCCUCGGCGUCCGACGAGACUACGAUUUGAUGGACUGGAUUAUGAAGAUUGGGGAGAGACCAGACCUCCUGUCCUGGCAAGGGCUCCACGGCUAUUUGAUGAUGACUACAUGGGCGCUCUACCUUCGUCCGUCUGCACGUGAUUGGAACUUUCUAGAGGACGGAGUUGCCAAAGCCUGGUAUAGCCAUUAA